CCAGAGAUCCCUCCCACAGGAAACCAUGGCCAGACCAGUUUCGAGUUUCACCAGAGAGGGAGGGAUCUAAAAAUAAACAAGUCCAGAACUAACAAGCGGGUUACUGUAUCUUGCAGAUCUGUGCCAUGAGGUCCUCUUCCCUCCUCCUGCUUUCCUUCCUGUUGUGUGUGUGUGAUGUUCAAGGGGCUUCAGAGUUUAGAAUCUGUGCCUUCAACCUUCAUCACUUUGGGGAGUCCAAGGCCAAGAAGAACAAUGUCAUGCAUUCUCUUGCCAGGAUCAUCACUCGCUGUGAUGUGUGUUUGCUUCAGGAAGUGAGAGAUGCUAAAGAAAAAGCAGUACCAAUGCUGCUUGACCGCCUUAACAGGUAUGACACUGAACAUACCUAUGAUACUGUGUCCAGUGAGAGACUGGGCAGGUCUUCCUCAUACCAGGAGCAGUAUGUGUUUGUUUACAGGACUGAUACAGUGAUGGUCACUGGCCAGUAUCAGUACCCAGAUAAUAAACCAGGAGAUGCUGAUGCUUUCUCCAGAGAGCCUUUUGUCGUCCGCUUCAAAGCCUGCAAGACAGCUAUAAAGGAGUUCGUCCUCAUACCUCAGCACACCACUCCAGACAACACCACUAAAGAGCUUGAUGCGCUAUAUGACGUUUUGCAAGAUGUGAAGAGGAUGUGGAAAACUGAGAAUGUGAUGCUUCUUGGGGACUUCAACGCUGACUGCGGUUACCUUGCUAAGAAGAACAGGAAGAAUGUGCGCCUGAUUACAGAGAAAAACCUUUAUUGGCUCAUUCCAGAAAAGACUGACACCACUGUGCGAUCAUCCACCUCCUGCAGCUACGACAGGAUUGUUGUGAAUGGGGAAACAUUUGCCAGAGCAAUCGUACCUAAUUCAGCCAACCCCUUUAACUUCCAAACAGCAUACCGACUCUCAGAGGAACAGGCAUUGGAGGUUAGCGAUCAUUACCCAGUGGAGGUCCUGCUGAAGGACAUUGCAAACAAAGUCUCCUUUACAAAGUUUCUGUCUUUGUUUGUCCUCAGCCACCUUGUCUUCCAAAUGUCAACAUGGUAGUUUAAUAAUUAACUGAUGUGGAUUUUUGUCAUCUCAGUCUGAAGACAAUCUCAGGAAGGCUUAUGAUGAUAACUGAUUAGAAUUUCAUAGUGCUCCAUCUUGCCAUAUACCACUGAUAACACUCCACAGAAAUGGCUCUCAAUGUUGAGUUCAGAAAAACAACUGAAAAUUACACAACUUUGCCAUUAACUAGUUUGCCAUUUUGAACAAACAAAUCUACCAAUGGGAAAUCCUCAGUAUGUUUUAAGUUUUUAUAUUUAUAAAUUUUUUAUAGCAAUCUGUAUUUCUGUUAAAUACAUACAAGAGAUAACAAAGAUAGUGGUUAAUUUUAGGUCUGGCAUUUUUAUGAUAUUUGAUAUUUUUCUGUGUCAAAUUUGGACAAGUUUGAUUAGCUACGCUGUUUGCCAAAUAUUUUUAGCAAAUAAUUUUGUGCUCAAAGUUAAAAAUAAAGAAAAAAAGAGGAUGGUUGCUAAAACAGGAAGAUGACGUAUGACUUUAGUAGAAUCUGCACGUGAUACGUCAUCCUCUAAGCUUUCGCAGGUGUACUGUUAUAAAUAUUAUACAUAUCGUUCUAAGCUAGCCAGUCAAAUUAUAAUUUUAAUUUCAUUAAUUUAAUUUUCACAAUAGCAUUUGUAGCCUAUGUGCGGUGAAAGGCUGCAACCAACACAGUAAAUUACACCAGAUCCCACCAACUCUCUCUCACUCACUCUCUUCAUCACGUCUUCAGCAACAUGUUUCAGGACAUGUUGAAAGUUUUUUUACUGUCCACCAGCACCAUGGCCCCCAACAGAUUCUGGAAAGCACACAAGCACACAAAUUUUAAAAAGUCCCAUUAGAAGGACAAAAAAAUAAUAAGAAUCACAGCUGCCCGUGUCAGUGUCGGUGCUGAACUAGAGCGAGAGUGGCCAGUGCUGGUGGACGCUGCCCAUCCUACGGAGACAGAGGAAAUAGUAAAGAAGAGAGCAAGUGAAAAGACGAGUCAUUGCAUUGUGCCAAUUGUUGUCUUAUUUGUGUUCUGUGAAACAGUAAAUUCAUCAAAUUAAACUCCAUAUUGCUGUUUUACAGACUACUGUAGCUGCACUCUCAUUGCUGUGGUUAUGGACCAAUGUUACAUCUGACUAUUAAACUCACCCCCAUUUUCUGUUUAAGAAUGUUAAUUGUUAAACAGGAAGUAAAACUGGCCAGAGGGGGGCUUUAAGGAAAUUAAUUAAGUUGUUUUAGGGCAUAAAUAAUUAAGCUGAGGGAACAAAUUAAGUAAUUCAACAGUACAAAUUGGGGCACUGAAAUAAUUACAUGGAGCAAAUCCACAGACAGUCGAGCAGUUUCGUGUAGGAGCUAUUUUUUCUACCUAACCACUCCUGCAAACCGUAUCACCUGCAGAAAGAAAUGUGCAUCUGCUGCUAGCUCACCUAACAUUACAGCUCAGCCAAGGAGAACAUCAUUAAUGUUUACAUCUCGUGCUGUCACAAGCCUCUCAUCCAUGAGUAAAUGCACGCCUCCUUCUGUGCAGUGAUACGGUUGGUGGUUGUAGUUCAUUAGAGAGAAAAUAGGAAAAAUGGUCUGUGGAUUAUCUUGAGUAAGCAGGUCAUGAUUUCUGGAAAGAGACAUCGAUGUUGAGUUUUUCAAAUGUAUUUUUUUGGUACUUCGAGCAUCAUAAGCUGAGUGCCAUCUAGUUAUAUACUGUCUCUUUAACCUUCUAUAUGAUCAGAUCACUUCAUAAACAAACCUUGAAAAUGAUGGAUAUUAAAACCAUAACAUCACUGAGAUGUAGCCUACUUAAUACACAGAAUAUGUAUUAAGAGAAUUUUGUCUUGUGUUCAGAUUUCUUUUGUUGGUUGAAUAAUCAACAAUACUGCACCUCAAUCACUGAAAAGCUCACAACUUUGCUGGCUGAGUGGAAUUAUUAUUUAUAUAUGUAUAUAUUGCAUUGGGUGUAAUGACUGAAAUGUGUAUGUUUGGAUCAAAGAUAUAAUUAAGUAUUUAUUGUACUCUGAACUUGUAUUUGUAUCACUUGCAUAAGUUGUAUUACUGUCUGUGUCUAACUGCCCAAGGACUGCAGAUAUAAAUUACUUAACAGCUAAAUCUGGUAGCCUAUAAUAUAUCUCUUUUUCAUGUGUGAAAUUGUUUUUUUUACAUGAUCCUGACAAAUAAAAGCAAAGAACUACACCAAUAAA